CAAGAGGCUGAGGCCACCGUGAUCUGUUUUUGUUUGUCCCGAAAGCAUUGGUACUAUGUGUGUUUGAUAUUCGGGUAAAAUCAAGACCGGAUCGCUUUGGAAAACUACUGGGCCUCAUUGUUUACCGGAUAAAGCACUGCUGAAGUUUAAACACGCCACUAGGAAAUGGAGCCCUUCACCUCGGAGACGGACUACCUCACUGAGCUGGACCCGCGAUCCUCUGAGCUGGACCCGUCCUCCGCUGGGAUGAGCCCUCGCGGCGCCGCCGAGCGGGCGCUGUUUUCGCCGGCACUGGGUUUCUCGGGUCGCGACUGGUUUGCCGAAUUACACCGGCGCCGCCAGUGCUGGGUGAGCUCGCUGCUGCUGGACGUGCCGCCGCUGCCGCCGACGUCCGGGCCGCUGAGACGCCCUGCGCAGCCCGACAGGAAGCCGUGGCUGAGCUGUGUCAGGCCCGGUGACAGCCUGUCGGCCGAGCUGCGCCGCCUGCGGAUGGAGUGUCACGUGGAGCCGGCGGCUGGCGGCGCUGCUACGGCUGCAGACGUGGACCGGGCCGUACUGAGACUGGAGUCGGCGCCAAAACGAGCGGAGCCGGUCCCUGGUGACGGCCGCGCCAGUCUGCCCGGUGACGAGCUGCUGUCAGAGCUGGAGCUGGAGCCGGACGGCGGCCUGCUGCCCAGCCGGCUGACGCUGCCCUGUCCGCUGCUGCCGCCGACCGACACCGGGCCGCCGCCGCUGCCGGCGCUGCCGCGCGCCGACCAGCUGCCCCUCAGGGACCUGCAGGACCCGCUGCUGGACGAGAGUGGUGGCCUGUUGUCGGACUCAGAACUGGCUGGCUGGGAGAGCUCGCUGGUGCCGCCGCCAGCCGCGCCCUGGGCGCCGGUCGAGCUGCCGCAGCCCGAGCUGGCGCCGCUGCCGCUGCCGCAGCUCCUGACGCUGACCGAGCUGCGCGUACCCAGCGGCGCGCCCGAGCCGCCGGCCGGCCAGCUGACGCAGCCGGGAGGGCAGCGGGACCGGCUCAGGAGCCCACUCCACAGCGACACACUCCCUCUGCACGGCACGGUGUCCGGAGUGACGCCGAUAAAACCUCUGCGGACCACCAGGCUGAGUCCACACCGAGCGGUGCUCACGCUUCGAAACAAGUUACAAAGUCGCUCAUGUCGGUUGAGGUUUCUUCAGAAGUGGUGCUGAGUAUUCAUGAGAGGGCUUCCGCGCAGCAUUGUGGUUCAGCGAAAAUUCGUGAGGCCACCGCAUGUCCCACUGAAACGGUGAUUAACACUGCUGCGAAUGCCCAAUCUGCCGACAUCUACAGGGUGUCCCAGAAUU